GGAAGCGAGCUGCAGUUAAAACCCAAAGAAGAAGCAGACGGUUUUUUUUCUCUCUCUUUUCUUCUUCUGGAAGACGCCAUAUACCAUCACAUGCCGUAGUUUGUAGCUACGCCGAGCCUUUUGGUUUGAAGCGUGAUACCAAAGUACAGAGUUGAAACUUUAAUAUCGGAGUCGCCGAAUAGCAGAGGUGUUACGCCGGCAAAGUGUGCCCGAGGCAGGCGUCGAGAUGCCUGGUCAACUUGACAGCUUGAAGCCCAGAAAGAGGAAGAGCAGCGCCACAAAGGCUCCUACGACAAGAAGGGGAUGUAUGAAAAGUCCCAAGAGAGAGAUGCAGCCAGUAGCAGAGAGCAGCUCAGUCGCCAGCAGCUGUGGUAAAGCGGACGCUCCUCCGGAGAGGUUUUCUAUCAUCAGCUGCGAAUGCCACCAGCUUGCGGGCAGGAGGAGGUGCUCGGCGUCGCCGCAGCUCGAUGGGCGGGAGGGCAAAGAGAACGAGCUGAGGGCGAGGCUGGACGAGCUGGACAGCUGCGGAGUGAGCGGCGUCCACGACAAACGGGAGUCUGAGGACAUGGAUUGCGGAGAAACCAACAAAGACAUCUUCCCGGACGACGACAGCAAUCAGAUUCUUCCCGUGGAGCAGUUCUUUGGAAACUUGGACGCUAUACAGGACUUCCCCCACAGGUCGUCGGAGACGUCUGCCCGUGUUCAAAGGGAGCACAGGAGACGACAUUACUACGCACCAGAGGACAGCGACGAAGAGGAGGCGGGUCUUAGCAGAAUGAAGGGCGGCGACAGAAAGGACACUUAGCGAAGAGUAGCUGCAACAAUGACUGCCGUGGACUCAAAGGUCAUCCCCUGUGGAAGCAAUUGAAACGCUCUGCACGUACGACAGAGCAGCCAAAUUAAACCACCGCCCCAUUUUAAAACAUAACGCUGUUGCGACCAAAGCGUGUGAGUGUGCGUGCAAGUGAGACGAUGCUCGUUACUCGUCGGGGAUAAAGUCGCCCGCUACGAUGCGGCAUGAACUGUUUGCUGGAGUCGAGUCUGCGGUCUUUCACAAGUCGCCGUAUGAGUGCGUUCGCUUUGAACCUGCGUCCAGCACCCCGCCACAGGCUGAGGCGACGCCAUCGGUGUUUCUGACUUUGUUUAUGGCCUAAAAGCAAGUUCUCCGUGGUGAAGCUUCCAAACGCACAGAAAAUGCCAAAUCGCUCAAUACCCGAAUAUAUCUUCUUAUUUAAUUUGCUACUUUUUUUUUUAAACACAGCUACAGCACUGGGAUUAAUAUAGCCACCAGCUGUGGGGACACGGACAAUGGUGCCUGUUUUUUUAAUUUAUUUCUGAAUUUAUUCUUGGUAGCACUUUAUUUUCGAUAAAUCGGGCUACAUAACGUAUGGCUUCAUACUUUGAGUGCAAGUUUGAGAUUAGCCUUGAGAAAUGCCAAACGGUACUGGAUGAAAACAAUACAAUACAUAGAUUUGUACAUCUUACAAAUUCCUACUUGUGUAUAUAUGUGGUGAGGAAGGAGGGUCAGAGAGCAGGUCCCUAUUGAGAGAUUUUUAAUAUCAAAUUCAGUGUUUGAGAGGAAUGUCAUUGUUCACCAAGUGUCUAAUAUUCAUCCUCAACACAUCUUUGCCCAUUUUUUUUUUAUUUUUAUAUAUAUAUUUAAAAAAAUCUCAAUGCAGCUAAUGUGUUUCCCUGAUAAAUUCCUGUUUGGUUCAGAUUUGCAAACACGACAAUUCUAUACGUCAAAUGUAUUGGAAAGAAACAAAACAUGGACUAAAAUAAUUAAUAAAAGUCUUCAGCAUGAAAGUGAUAACUUAAACCCGACUUCAACUAAAUGUUAUCUGGUCAUCUGACGGAGGUAAUUGCACUAGAGCUGUUCACUCCUAUGCAACUUUUCUGAGUGAAUGCCACCGCGUUGUAAUAGGUUCAUGCGUUUUUACAUCAUCGUGCCAACAAAGACGAAAAUAAAUGUUUUUCAUGA